AUGCCACUUAGGGCCCCUGGGGGGCCCCUCCGCUGUCUGCUGCUGGGGGGCCCCACGAGACCCUCAGAGGGCCCCCGCAUCCGGUGGCUAAAUGCAUGCUGCUGCAGCAGCAGCAGCAGCAGCAGUAGUAGCAGCAGCAGCAGCAGCAAUGUUAGCAGCAGCAGUGGCUGCAGCAGCAGUAACAGCCGCAGCGGCAACAAGGGCAGCAGCAGCAGCAGCAGGAAUGACAACGAAAGCAGCAGCAGCGACAGAGGCAGCAGCAGCACCAGCCUCAGCAGCAGCACUACGCAUGGCAGCAGCAGCAGCAGCAGCAGCAGCAGCAGGCGUUGGUGCUGCAGCAGCAGCACUUGCGGCGCUGCAGCAAACCCUCCUUCUUCCACUUCAGAUUCACCUCUGCAGCAGCAGCACCCCAAGGGGGGCCCCCAGGACGGGGGGCCCCCUAAAGGGUACUCUUUUAGGGGGGCCCCCCAAGUUGGUUUGCAUGCAUUUGCUGCUGCUAAGUUUCAUAGUUUGGGGCCGCAGCAGUGGCUGCAGAGUCUCGAAGGCCUGGCAGCAGCAGCAGCAGCAGCAGCAGCAGCAGCAGCGCGGCCUGCAGCACGGCCUGCAGCAGCAGCAGCAGCAGCAGCAGCAGCAGCAGCAGCAGGAGAAGCUGCUGCGGGAGGGUUUGGAUGGGGCCCCUGCUGCGUGUCUCCCGAUUUGCUGCUGUGGAAAGUGCAGCAGCGGCUGCUGCUGCUGCAGCCGGGCGAGUUGGUUCGUGCUGCUGCUGCGCUGCAGCAGCUAGGCCUCAGGACGUGCCCAUCACCCACAGGCAGCAGCAGCAGCAGCAGCAGCAGCAGCAGCAGCAGCAGCGACGACGUGGCGCUGCUGCUGCUGCGGCAGCUGCACGCGCACCUCAGCAGCAGACUGCGCUGCCUCUCCCUCCGUCAAAUUGCUGCUGCAGCAAAAGCUGUCUCUACCUGGAGCUUCUCGGGAGCAGCAGCAGCAGCAGCAGCAGCAGCAGCAGCACCAACUGCAGCAGCAGAAGCAGCAACAGCAGCGGAGGCAGAAGAGCUGCGGCUGUCCACUUUCAAGUUGCUGCUCGCCUCAGCCACAGCGCAACUCAAAGAUCUAACUAAGGAGAAGCAGCAGCAGCAGCAGCAGCAGCAGCAGCAGCAGCAGCAGCAGCAGCAGCAGCAGGGCUUUCUGCCUUUGGUGCUGCCGCUGCUGCACGCAUGCGCCCGGCUGCAGCUGACGGAGCUGCGGUGUAUGUACACCCCGUUGCUGCAGCUGCUGCAGCAGCAGGUUUGGUCGAGCCGCUCGCUGCUGCAGCUGGCGCUGCUGCUGCACUGCUGCAGCAACUUGCUGCUGCCAGAUGCUGCUGUCUACAGGCUGCUGCUGCUGCGGCUCUCUCAGUGGAAAGAAUUCAGUUUGCUGCUGCAGCAGGAGCAGCAGCCUGCUGCUGCUCAAGUCGCUUUGGGGCAACUUGCUGUUGCAUGCGUCGCCUUCAAGCCCCAGCAAAUGGAAGCCCUGCAGCAGCAGCAGCAGCAGCAACAGCAGCAGCAGCAGCAGCAGCAGCAGCACGAGCAGCAGCAGAUUCGGGAUGGAGUUGAGAGCGGCUGCCCUGAUGAAAAUGACUGCCACCACAGCAGUGGCAACAGCGGCAGCAGCAGCAGCAGCAGCAGCAGCAGCAGCAGUAGCAGCAGCAGCAGCAGCAGCAGCAGCAGCAGCAGCAGCAGUAACAGCAGCAGCAGCAGCAGCAGCAGCAGCAGCCUCUGUGAGCUGCAGGACAUGGUAUUAGUGAAUGUCUUCAGAGCUGCCUCAGCACUCAUCAAAUGGAGCGCCCCAAAUCCAGCAGCAGCAGCAGCAGCAGCAGCAGCAACAGCAGCAGCAGCAGCAACAACAGGAACUUCAGGGGCACCAGCAGCAGGAGCAGCAGCAGCAGGAACAGGAGCACGAGCAGCAGCAUCAGCAGGAACAGAAGCAAGAGCAGCAGCAGCAGCAGCAGCAGCAGCAGCAGCAGCAGCACCAGAAGCAGCAGCAAAACUGGGGCCCCCCAGUCCACAUCUGCUGCAGCAGCUGCAAGUAGCAGCUCUUGCCAUUUGGUUUGAAAGACAAAAUGCCAAAAUACAACUCCUGGGGGCCCCCCCGGGGGCCCCCUUGGGUGUGGGGAAGGCCCCCAGUGAGGUAGGGGCCUCCCGCUGCAGCAGCAGCAGCAGGGAACCGUUGCUGCUGCUGCUGCUGCAGCAAGUCAAAGUGGCGAAUGAAAACAAGCUCCGAAUCAGCAGCAGCAGCAGCAGCAGCAGCAGCAGCAGGUGGGGGCGCAGAAGCAGCAGCGAGCAGCACGAGGAAGUUGCUGCUGCUGCCAAAGCUUUGGGGCUGCAUGCAAUUCGAGAAGCAGCUGUGGGGCCCUUUGCUGCUGAUUUGCUGCUGCCGUCUGUACACUGCGUCCUCGAGAUUGACGGCCCCAACCACUUUAUUAAACCCCCCAGCAGCAGCAGCAGCAGCAGCAGCAGCAGCAGCAGCAGCAGCAGCAGCAGCAGCAGCAGCAGCAGCAGCAGCGGUAAAUGUAGCCGCAGCAGCAGCAACAGCAGCAGUGGUAGUAACAGUAAGAGCAGCAGCAGCAGCAGCAGUGGUAGUAACAGUAAGAGCAGCAGCAGCUGCAGCAGCAGUGGUGGUAACAGUAAGAGCAGCAGCAGCAGCAGCAGCAGCAGCAGCAGCAGCAGCAGCAGCUGUGGGGUCUGGGGGUCUGCAGCAAUUGGUGAGAAGCAGGAAGCAAUUUAUUGUUUGAAAGCAGCACUGAAGCAGCGGCUGCUGCUUGCUGCUGGGCUGCGGGUGGUGAGGCUUUCUUUCAGAGACUGGCCGCAGCAGCAGCAGCAGCAAAUCAAAGCCCUGGCUGCGCUCUUCAGGCAGCUGCAGCAGCAGCAGCAGCAGCAGCAGCAGCAGCAGCAGCAGCAGCAGCAAGGGCAGCAGGAGCAGCAGCAGCAGCAGCAAGGGCAGCAGGAGCAGCAGCAACAGCAGCAAGAGCAGCAGCAGCUGCUGCACGAAGAACUGCAGCAGCAGCAGCAGCAACUGCAAAAAGAGCAGCAGCAGCAGCAACUGCAGCAGCAGCAGCAGCAGCAGCAGCAGCAGUGGGGCGCCCACUGGGCAGGCUGCGGCGGGGGCCUUCUGGUGUACAGACCCUACCUGUGCAAACUGGCGCAAACAAUCCAAUAA